UACUUUCGCCCGUUGCCGCCCCCCAUUCGUCAAAUCCCCAUCGCCGCGCUGCAGCUGCUCCCGUAGUUACCGUCGCCCGUCGCCAUUCGACCAAGCAUCCUCGACUGCCCCGACCGUCGCCGUGCGAACGUCCCCGUCUUCUCCGACCGUUCCUCUUCUCACUCUUUCCAGUAUUUCUUUACUCUUCAGUCGCUUCUGUCGCCGCCUCGUCGUCCGUCACUCCGUCAGUCACUCUACUUUCACUCGCUCGUCGUUCUCGUCCGUCGCUUUCCGCGUUAGUAUUAUUUUCAAAAAAUAAUAUUAGUCUAUUCGUUCCACGCACGUUUGUCUUACAGGUUGACUGUGAACAAAAAUCGUAUACAAUGGCGAUCAAAGGAUUAACGCUGUUGAUGGUGGCUUUUGCGUUCUGCAACUGCGUGGUUGAGGGAUCAAAUGAUUGUACUUUGCCUUGGUUAGUGGAUAAAAAUCCAUUUAUCUCUAAGGUUGAAUCUCUUUCUGUCAAUAGAUGUCCCACUCCUAUUAUUGGGGAUCAAUCUAAAGAAUAUUGCUGUUAUAAUACUGACGGAAAGGUUGAAUGUUGCAAUUUUCAAGAGUUUAUGUUGUUUGGAUUGAUUUGUCUUAUUCCGAUUCUUAUUGUUAUAUUGAUUCUUUCAUCCAUUCUCAGUUGCAUAUGUUGUUUAUUGUGCCCAUGUUGCGCUAUUUACAAACGUAGGCAAGCUGGCAGGGUACUUGUUCAACCGCUUUCAACCAAUUGUGUCAUUAUAGAAGGUAUUCCAACUAUAAUAUCCAGUCAUGGAUCCUACUAUGCUUCAGCUUCAACAGGUUCUACACCUUUAAUAUCUAAUGAGUACCCCAAACAAUACAAUUAGUUAAAAUAUUUAACUAAUGAAACAAAUUUAUUAAUAUUAUAUAUGAUUUUAUAGUGUGUUAAGUGUCUGAUAAAUUUACUAAAAAUAUAUUAAGUCAGUGCUUCUCAAACUUUUUUGUCAUCAAAUUUAAUGUAAAACUGUCAAGGCCCCUUAAUCAAAAUUAUUAAUUAUUUUUUCUUAAUUAUAAACUAAAAUGACAAUAACUAAAUAACCAAAAAUAUUUUAAAAAAAAAUAAAUAUUUUACGGCCUAUCAAUCGUAUAGCCACAACCCACAGUUUGAGAAGUAUUGUGUUAAGUAAUAAAGAAUAUGUAAAUGGAUUUAAAAAUGAAUAAUACAUGUUGACAUUAAAUAAUAAUACAUUUAUUAACUGCAAAACUUCAAAUGAAUC